GUUAUGUGAAAUUAAACUUUAUAUUGAUCAGUAUUUAGACACUUAGGCCUGCUAUCGAGUUGUGAAAGACAAAAUGGACGGACCGGGUUGGAAUCCUAAGCCCCAGACGACGUCGAAGCCCCUGGAACUACUGGGGAGAACAGAAUGGGCAGCACAACCUCCCAAGUGGACGGACGCACUUGAUCUGCCUGUCAAUAAGCUGUUCCUCUCGGCCACUGGCAGGCAGACUUGCUACAGUGUGAGGGUAUGCACUGGCGAACUGCAGAGGAUACAAAACUUUCAUAUGAAGAUCGAGAUGAUACCUGACAUCAGAUACAAUUUUAUCAUCGGUGGCAAAGGUAUAGUUUAUGAAGGUCGGGGCUGGAAUGUGAAGCCUAACCUACCUAAAAUGUACGACUCUCUCGAAAACAAAGCACUCUUCAUUGGAUUUACAGGCGAUUUUAGAGAUCCAAAGAUCGCAGUGCCACCGGAAAUGCUGGAAGCGAUGGAUCUCCUAAUUAAACUCGGGAUAGACUACAAAUAUAUUUCACCUGACUACGAAACAUUUGAUUUGUAAUUUGUAUAAAUAUAGUUUUAAAUUCACAGAAAUUUCAAUGGUUUUGGAUCAAACAAACACUAAUUGGAAUUACGUCGAAUUUUUACGUUUCUUAAGAUUUUUCAUAUAA